AUGAAUGAAAAACACAUAUAUCACAUUUAUACAUGUGGUGCGGGUGCCUGCGCCCCAGAGUCUCUUGAUAUAAACAUGGCUGCCAUGCUAAACAACACUCUGAGGAUUGUGCUGGUCGGGAAGACCGGAAGUGGGAAAAGUGCGACUGCAAACACCAUCCUUGGGGAAAAAGUAUUCGACUCUAGGAUUGCUGCGGAAGCUGUUACCAAAACUUGUCAGAAAGCAUUUCGGAAAUGGAAGGGGAGAGAGCUUUUCGUUGUUGACACCCCAGGGCUCUUUGACACCAAGGAGACCCUGAACACCACCUGCAGGGAAAUUAGCCAAUGUAUCCUUGUGUCCUGUCCUGGGCCUCAUGCGAUCGUCUUGGUCAUGAGGCUGGGCCGCUACACAGAGGAAGAGCAGCAAACAGUGGCAUUGGUCAAGAAUCUAUUUGGGAAAACAGCCAUGAAAUAUAUGAUCAUCUUAUUCACUUGCAGAGAUGAACUGGGAGACCAGAGCCUGAGCGACUUUUUGAAGGAUGCAGAUGUAAACCUACGAAGCCUUCUCCAGGAGUGUGGAGAGCGCUGCUAUGCCAUCAGUAACAGCAGAAACACAGAGAAGGCUGAGAAGGAAGCUCAGGUGCAGGAGCUGGUGGAGCUGAUAGAGAACAUGGUGCAGAACAACCAGGGGAAUUACUUUUCUGACCCCAUUUACAAGAACAUAGACCAAAAGCUGCGACAGCAGGUGGAACACUUGAAGAAAGUCUAUGCUGAUGAAUUACAAAGCAAAAUUAAACUACUAGAAAAGGAAUAUGCACAUAACCCAGAAGAAAAGGAGAAACAAAUAAAGUUGCUAAUGCAGAAGCAUGAGGAACGAAUGAAAAACAUAAGGGAAAAAGCUGAGAUGAAUAUAUUCCAAACUGCAUUCAACAUGAUUAAAAAUAUGCUUUUAAAAAUAUGGUCCAAGUUGUGGUAG